CUUCGACUCUGCUAAGGAACGCCCCUGGGUAGAGAGCACCUCCCCACAGGGGAUCGGGAAGCCAGGGCCUGGUCCCCACCCCAGGGGAUGCCCCCCGGCUGUCACCUCCACCUGGCUGGGCUCAGAGAGGUAGUACUGGUCCCCGGGGCCCAGCCCGGCUGGGGUCUGGGCUCUCCAGCGGGUCUCUGGCCCUCCCCAGGUGAGCCCUCGCUUCCUCGGCACCCAGCACCCCCUCCCGUCUCAGCCAGGAUGCCAACGAGGCGCUGGGCCCCGGGCACCCAAUGCAUCACCAAGUGUGAGCACACGCGCCCCAAGCCGGGAGAGCUGGCCUUCCGAAAGGGCGACGUGGUCACCAUCCUGGAGGCCUGCGAGAGCAAGAGCUGGUACCGGGCCAAGCACCACGCCAGCGGGCAGGAGGGGCUGCUGGCGGCGGGCGCGCUGCGCGAGCGCGAGGCCCUCUCUGCGGACCCCAAGCUCAGCCUCAUGCCGUGGUUCCACGGCAAGAUCUCGGGCCAGGAGGCGGUGCAGCAGCUGCAGCCGCCCGAGGACGGGCUGUUCCUGGUGCGCGAGUCGGCGCGGCACCCCGGCGACUACGUGCUGUGCGUGAGCUUCGGCCGCGACGUCAUCCACUACCGCGUGCUGCACCGCGACGGCCACCUGACCAUCGACGAGGCCGUCUGCUUCUGCAACCUCAUGGACAUGGUGGAGCAUUACAGCAAGGACAAGGGGGCCAUCUGCACGAAGCUCGUGAAACCCAAGAGGAAGCAGGGCACCAAGUCGGCGGAGGAGGAGCUGGCCAAGGCCGGCUGGUUGCUGGACCUGCAGCAUCUGACGCUGGGAGCGCAGAUCGGCGAGGGCGAGUUCGGAGCCGUCCUGCAGGGCGAGUACCUGGGCCAGAAGGUGGCCGUGAAGAACAUCAAGUGCGACGUGACGGCUCAGGCCUUCCUGGACGAGACGGCGGUCAUGACGAAGAUGCAGCACAAGAACCUGGUGCGGCUGCUGGGCGUGAUCCUGCACCAGGGGCUGUUCAUUGUCAUGGAGCACGUGAGCAAGGGCAACCUCGUGAACUUCCUACGGACGCGGGGCCGGGCCCUGGUCAACACCCCGCAGCUCCUGCAGUUUUCCCUGCACGUGGCCGAGGGCAUGGAAUACCUGGAGAGCAAGAAGCUGGUGCACCGGGACCUCGCCGCCCGCAACAUCCUCAUUUCCGAGGACCUGGUGGCCAAGGUCAGCGACUUCGGCCUGGCCAAGGCCGAGCGGAAGGGGCUGGAUUCCAGCCGGCUGCCGGUCAAGUGGACGGCGCCCGAGGCUCUCAAACACGGGAAGUUCUCUAGCAAGUCGGACGUCUGGAGUUUCGGGGUCCUGCUCUGGGAGGUCUUCUCCUACGGCCGGGCUCCGUACCCCAAGAUGUCGCUGAAGGAGGUGUCGGAGGCCGUGGAAAAGGGCUACCGCAUGGAGCCCCCCGAGGGCUGCCCGGGCCCCGUGCACGCGCUCAUGGGCAGCUGCUGGGAGGCCGAGCCCGCCCGCCGGCCGCCCUUCCGCAAACUGGCCGAGAAGCUGGCCCGGGAGCUGCGCACCGCCAGUGCCUCGGCCCCCGCGGGGGCGCAGGACGCGGACGGGUCCACCUUGCCCCGCGACCAGGAGCCCUGACUGCCCAGCGGCCAGGCCUGGAGGACCGAGGUCGUGGGGGGCACGGGUGGGGCUGCGUGCCGGCCCGAGGAGGGUCGGGACCCGUGAGGUGCCCGCCCGGCUCACGGCGCAGGGGCCGGCUGGCCUGGGGGCUCGGCAGCCCGCGGACCUCAGCCCUGAG